AUGGUCGCUCGCAACCGCAGUCAGCGCAAGCUGAACACCUUCACAACGCUGUUCUUCGCUGCAACAGCAAUGUCAACAGCCAUCCGCACUCCGGUUUCAAGUCGUUCAACAUACCCACGGAUGACAUCACGAUCGACAGAAAUGGACUCCGCACCAUACCGGGAUGCUUCGCUAUCGGUGGAUGAGCGUGUGGAGGACCUCAUUCAACGCAUGAACAUGGAAGAGAAGGCCGGACAACUCUUCCAGCAAAUCACCUUCCCAGGUCCCAAUGGGACUGUGACGAACUCUAGUUCAUCAUCAAUCCAAGGGUUGCACAUGACACAUUUCAACCUUAACAGUGCGAUCACCGAUGUACGCCAAACUGCACAAUAUUACAACAGUCUCCAGCAGCUGGCUUUGGACUCCAGGCUCGGUAUCCCAAUCACACUCUCCUCAGAUCCUCGACACACAUUCGUUGAUGCCACUGGUAGUCAGAUUGCGGCGAUCAAGUUCUCGCAGUGGCCAGGUAGUUUAGGCUUGGCAGCAAUCCGUGAUGCUGAGCUCGUACACACCUUUGCGGAUAUCGCACGACAAGAGUACAAGGCUGUCGGUAUCAGGUCUGCGCUGCAUCCUCAAAUCGAUGUAGCAACCGAACCCAGAUGGGCUAGGAUCACCACCACGAUGGGUGAGAACGCUACAUUGACCGCUGAGCUUGUCGUUUCCUACAUCAAGGGCUUCCACGGCCCUGGUGAAUUUGGAAGGGACUCCGUCACCACCGUCUCCAAGCAUUUCCCCGGAAGCGGACCCGUUCAGGAUGGAGAGGACAGCCAUUUCACCUACGGCAAGAAUGCCACAUAUCCCGGAAACAACUUUGAAAUGCACCUUAUCCCCUUCAAGGCGGCCAUCGCAGCAGGCGCGAGGCAGAUGAUGCCGUACUACUCGAGGCCCAUGGGCACCAAGUACGAAGAGGUCGCUGCUGGAAUGAACAAGGGUAUCGUCACCGAUCUUCUCCGCGGCGAACUCGGUUUCGACGGCAUCGUCGUCAGUGAUUGGGGUCUCAUCACCGAUGGCAUCAUCGCGGGACAAGACAUGCCCGCUCGUGCCUGGGGUGCCGAGAACCUGACCGAACUCGAGCGUGCAGAGAAGAUUCUAAACGCCGGCACCGACCAAAUGGGCGGCGAGCAGCGGACCGACCUGGUUCUCGAGCUGGUGGAGAAGGGCAUCAUAAGCGAAGAGCGAAUCGACAUGUCAGUCCGCCGUCUCCUCCGCGAGAAGUUCAUCCUCGGCCUCUUCGAUAACCCCUUCGUCGAUGUCGACGAAGCCGUCGCCAACGUUGGAAAACCAGAAUGGGUCGCCGCUGGUUUCGAAGCCCAAAAGAAAUCCAUCACCCUCCUCACCAACAAAGACUGCACCCUUCCCCUCAAGGCUUCCGACUGCGAAAAGUCAAAGGCAAAGUUCUAUGUCGAAGGUAUCAACGCUACUUAUCUUGAGAAGCGCGACUUGACCGUUGUCGCUACCCCCGAAGAAGCAGACUACGCCUUCCUCCGCCUAGCUGCGCCUUACGAGCCCCGCCCCGGCGGUUUCGAAAAGAACUACCACUCCGGCUCCCUGGAAUACAACAGCACCGAGAAGGCGCGCCAAGCAGCCAUCUACACCGCCGUGCCCACCAUCGUCGACGUCUUCCUUGACCGUCCUGGUGCUUUCCCUGAGAUCGCUGAGCAAGCGCAGGCACUCAUGGUGAACUUUGGUACUAGCCCAGAAGCAUUCCUGGAUGUAGUCUUUGGCAAGGAUGGCAGUGGUCCCGAGGGAAUGUUGCCGUUUGAUUUGCCGAGGAGUGACGAGGCUGUUGAGGCGUCCAAGGAGGAUGUGCCGUUUGACACUGAGAACCCAGUGUUCAAGUUUGGUCACGGUCUUAGAUAUGAGUAA